AUGGCAGAAUCAAUUCCCAAAAUCCAGAUUCUGAAAGGUGCAGAGCCUGACUUGUCCGCUGCGACAUACCAAAUUCACGAUGAGUCCCAUACGAUCGGGAACGCUCUGCGGUGGAUGCUCAUGAAGAAUGAGAAGGUGGAAUUCUGUGGAUACAGCGUUCCUCAUCCCUCAGAAAACCACAUCAACAUGCGGAUCCAGAUGUACGACGGCCUGUCGUCAUUGACGGCGCUGAUACAAGCCCUCAAAGACCUCGACGAGCUUUGCGUGACCAUCGACGGGGAGUACGCGAAGAGCCUCGAGGGCGGCCAGUUCGAGCGCUGGGACGAAAAGAGCUGA